AUGACAUCUGAUAUUGCAAAGAGACAGCGAACUGUUCCAUCGGCUAAGGCUUAUGAAUUUGUAUGGCGAAGACCUGUCCCGGAAGCUUUGCAGAAGGGGGCCUAUUUUGACAGAUUUGAUGAGGAAUCUGGUACUUUGGAGUUAAAUUGCUUUGUGCGGGUCGAUGAAGAUGGAUUUUACAUUUAUUGGAAGAGUGAAAACAGUGAUGGUCAAGUUUUGGAGUUAUCUCAAGUCAGUGAUGUGCGCGCUGGCUCCCGUUUUAAAGUAGGCACAAGAUAA